UGCAGGAAGGAGGAAAAGAAGGGAACUGCUAUCCCAGGCCUCUUUUUGCUCAGCUGUAGCAGAGUUGGGGCAGCGACGGUACCGAGUUGGGGUAACGGUGAUCCCUGGUCAGCACACAUGUGUGUAAACUGAAUUUUAUAAUACUGGCUUGCCCAGGCUUCAACAUUUAGCUGGGUAACUCACUGGCCAGCACUGUGUAACAUCGAUUGUGCUGGCUGGGGUGGGGAGAAAGGGGCUCCCUCUGCCUGGCUGGGGCAGGGACCCCGCGCCGAGGGUGGGUGCUGGGGAUGGGUUCUGAUGGCUUUUUGUGCUGGCCCAGGGGCUGUGUCUUGCAGGCAGGGCGGUGUGUGCAGCAGGGAGCUGAAGCAAGAGUUGGAUGAUUUGGUGUGCUGGAAAUUGACGGCUUUAAGAGAAAAGUGUUGGAUGCUGUGAUUGGGGGGGAAAAAAAAGUAAAAAAAGCUGACUUGGGAGGAAGAAGCAAGAGGAGACCCAGAUCUGUGUUUGCCCCUGGAUCUGGGUGGGAUGUCUGCAGAGGAUGGGAGCAGUGCUUGACUUGCUGGCAGCUUUGUGUGGGGAUGAGCAGCCGCUUCCCUGCCACCAAGGACUUGGUGGUUGGACCUCAGUGGUGCGGAGAGAUUGUGGGAGCUCUGAGGGAGGAGGGCAGCCGGCCCUUUGCCACGCAGCCUCAAAGGGUUAACAGGUCCUGAGGAGCCUGGAGGGACCGUUCACACCCUCUGCCCAGUCCUGGGAAUCCCUCUGUGCUAAUUGAGCACUAAGCAGAUCAAAGGCUCCAAUCAGGCAAUCAACACCCCCCUGGCCCCUGUCUUCAGGUCCCGAGCCCAGGCUGCUCUUUGUCUGCAGGACAAGGAGCAGAGCAAUGUGGCUUCUCCCCAGCUUUAAAGCCAGCCUUGCCUGGGCUCUCCUGAGCGUGGUUCUGGGGAUGGAGUUAAGUUUGCAGGAAAGUUUAUUGUUAAAAUCCUUGGGUUUGAGCACCAAGCCCAGCCCCAAAACCCCCGGUCCUGUGCCGUCUGUGCUUUGGCGGAUCUUCCAGAAGAGAAAGACGCUGCCCUCUACAAACAAAGACCUGGCAGAUGCCUGUAGGGUGGAGGAAUUUAAUGUCCCUGGGAACAUCAUCCGUGUCUUCGCUGACCAAGGCCACUUCAUUCAUAACGGGCAGCCCCAGAGGUUGCUGUGUCUGCAGAAGCGUCUGUAUUUUAACCUCUCCGUGCUGGAGGAGGGCGAGCACUUGACGAUGGCUCAGCUAGAGAUCAAAUUCAGCCACAACUCCUACCACACGUCCAGCCAGGGGCAGGUUUUUGAGCUGAGGCUCUACCAAACCUCCCAAAUGUCUCUUCGGGGGAUGCCCUCCCACGAGCACAGCCGGAAGCUGCUGGUGGAGCAGUCCUUCGCCCGGCUGCACAAGUCUCUCCUCUUCAACCUGAGCGGGGUGGCGAAGGACUGGAGGGCGUACAGCCGGAAUCUGGGCUUGAUCCUGGAGAUCUCGGUGAGCGACGGCGCGUCAGCCGUGGCGAGCGGGGGGCUGCAGAGCCUCUGCGCCAGCAUCGACUCCUUCCUGGACACCUCUCUCUUGGUGGUGACCCUCAGCCAGCAGCAGUGCAAGGCUUCCAGGAGGAGGAGGAGGAGGAGGAGUGCUUACUAUCCCCUCGUCACGCCGAGCAACCUCUGCAAGCCCAGGCGGCUUUACAUCAGCUUCAGCGACGUCGGCUGGGAGAACUGGAUCAUUGCCCCGCAGGGCUACAUGGCGAAUUAUUGCCUGGGCGAGUGCCCCUUCCCCCUGACAGCGGAGCUGAACAGCACCAACCACGCCAUCCUCCAAACCAUGGUGCACUCGCUGGACCCCGAGGGGACCCCCCAGCCCUGCUGUGUCCCCGUCAGGCUGUCCCCCAUCUCCAUCCUCUAUUACGAUAACGACGACAACGUGGUGCUGAGGCACUACGAGGACAUGGUGGUGGAUGAGUGUGGCUGCAGAUAGCGGGAGCGGCUGCAGGGGGGAGCGGGGGGGGGUCCCGUCUGAAGCCUUGAAUGAUUGAUGGAAUAAAUCCAAGUGUGUUCAAUCCCCUCUGUGCUGGUGUUGAGGGAGUUUCCCGUCGGGGCUGCCCUUCUCCCCGUGCAGCUGGGGAGGAGGUUUGGCACGAGGGGGAUCAAUCCUGGAGUUGUGGUUUGGUAAGAGCUGGGUGCUCAGCCCUCCAAGCAGCCACGACUGUGACGGGGUUAUGCUCCAGUCUGACGCUGGUUGUCUGUUCUGUUCUGUUCUCCACGGGUGAUGGCAGCACCAGGUUGUGAAUCCCAGAGCCCUCUCGUGCUUGGCUGAGCUGCUGCUUGGUGCUUUUUGGCUUUUUGACUGGAUGCUGCAGCUUUCUCAGUGCAAAAAAAAAUUACUUGUUUUGGGGAAAAUGGUGCUGGUGGUUCCCUGGUGCCCGGGUGUGGCUGUGCCGGGAGGUGACACGGUGGCUCCGGUCCCGCUGCGGGCAGAGGUGCGGUGUCACAGCACGAGCCGCGUUUCUCUUCAGCUGUGGGAACUCAGGCCUGAGCUCUUUUUAUUGUGUGGUUGAUGAAGGGGGGGAUUUGGGAGCAGGGGGUGUCUGUGGCUGCUGGGGGGGGCCAAAUGCAAUCCCGGGGCGGCGGGGGGGUGGUGAGGUAGCAGAUGGUUUUGGCUGAGGAAAGAAAAGGUAAAACCAGGGGAUGUGGUGCCGGGUGGGCACCAGAGUUGGUGACAUCCUGUUCCCUCCCAGCCUGUUGUGACCCAGUAGUUAAUUAUUUACCUCAUUUGCAAAUUGAUGAGACUGUGUGGGGGGGUGAGAGGGUGUCCCCCCUGCUCACCAGCAGCAGCAGGACCAGCCUGAGCUGUGGCUGGAGACCAACAGCACCUGAGCAUCCAGCAGCAGCAGCUCAGCCCAGCAGCAUUAGUGAGGCACCACGUUCAUGCAGUUGUGUAGUUUAGGGUUGAUUUGGGGGUUUAUUUGUUUUUUUGGGUUGGCUGUGGUACCCAGACUGUUGCAGUAGCUUGGCCGUGCACCUACUGUGUGUGUUUGAGGCCACUACCCCGACCCUCCAGCCCCUGGGGGCUUGGAGCAGCUGGGGGUUUAAAACCUGGGCAAAGCUGCUUUUGAUUUUUUUUUUUUGGGGGGGGGGGGGGCAGAAACAGAAAAGGAAUCUUGAGUUAGACUUGAAUUUUUUUCUUUUCUUUUUUAAGCACAAACCUGACACCAUAGCACAGGUAAUUUUUUUUUUGUUUGUUUUUGUAUUGACGCAUUGUCUUCAAGGUCUGAUGAAGUGUUACCCGGCUAAGCUGGGCCUUCCCCCUCCUGGGGAACACUGAAGGUUUAACCACUGUUGGGUUUGCAGAGAAAAUGUCUUCCUGUCCCCCGUGACACUCCCCCUGACCUCUGUAGCUGAAGACCAAGACUGGAGUCGCUCGAGUACUGUAGCUGUGCAGUGUACUAAUGUUUUCAUGUCCCAAUGUGUUUCUUGACAGCGCUGUGGACUAGCAGAGAGCUCUGGGGCAGGGCCGCCCUGCUCUUCUCCAGCUGAUGAACAAAAGCUAUGCUGAAACCCAUUUCAAGCACUUAACCGUUUUCAGGGCUUAGGGUAGGACUUAACUAAAGCAAGCCGGAGCCCUUCUUUCAAAUUUAAGAUGGGCAGGAUUAAGAAAACCUUGAAGUAUUAGGAUUUUUGUACCUGGGCUGUGGCAGACUAAGCUCCUUUACCACGCAGCGAGGCAGCCUCCUUCCCUGGUUCUUGGAGAUGCUGGAGGGCAGCUGUCUGCGCAGAGAGGCCCUGGGCAGGGGGAAGGAGGGGGCUUCCAGCCCCCAGGAGCUCGGAGCCAGCACUCUGCCAAGCCCAGGCCUGAAGUGGCACUUCAGGAGCUCCACAGCCCAAGCUUUGCUGAGCCCCCACCUGCACCACAGGUAAAAGCCAGUUUCAGGUUUACUGCAGGGAAGCAGGAGAUGGUCCAGGUCACCUCUGGAACCAGCCUUUACCUCCUGCAGCUCCCCCCUGCACCCCCCGCUGGGGCACAGGCCCCUGUGAGCCAGAGGAGGGACGAGGGGGGGGGUAUUUAACAGUUUUCACAGUUCAUGUGCUUACCCAUGUACGCUAUGCACACACCACACUUUUGUACUAGUCUGUGUUUAAAAAAAAGUAAUAAACUUGAAGUUUAUACAAUCAGA